AAGGCUAUAACGGCAUCUUUUGGGUCUGUAUUCUUGAGAAAUUUAUAACAGUUAUGUAAUGAUCCUUUAAAAAGGAUAUCCUGGUUAUUAUAACCAUUAUAAAGGUAGUUUUCCGACACCUACUACACCUCCCAAAGCCCACUGUGCCCCUUUUCGGUGUCCAACUAUUGUAAUACCUUCUGCUUCUUCUUCUUCUCCUUCUUUUUCUUCUUCUUCUUCGGAUUCCUUUUCGUAUUCUCUCUCCAGGAAUGAAUCGAAAUAGUUGGGCAAGGACUUGCGCGGAAGCUGCUGGGUAAAUAGGGGGGAGGCAGCGGUUAUACACCUUAUAUUGGUCUCUGGCCACGAAAGUUGCAACAACCCUGUCGGUGUUCUGUCGUUCUUGUGGCACAAACUUUAGUCUUCGGUCAUAUGGUCGCCCGUCGAGUUGCGGAGUUUCUGCGGUCUCGCGGAGUCGCCUUCUCGCGGUAUUUCGCGUCCACUCCAAACAUCCUGUGCUACUAAAACUUUUCGAUUUCCCUUCCGUUUCCGUUCUCGUUCUUCUUGCGAUUUUUCUAUAUACUCGUACAUUUGUUUUUUUUUUGUAUAUAGUUUGAGUGCAUAUGUGUGGUGUGUGUGUGGUGUGUUUUUGGUGUGUUUGCAGUGAAUAUGAAAUAAAAAAAAAAAACAUUGCUGUUAUUUUUUGUAGCACACUUACCGUUAUAAUAAUAACGUGCUUCCUUGUCUGGCCGAUUUUUCGGUGCCGCCUCUCCCGUCGUCGCGUGCAGAAAACGUUCCGGCCCGCCCAGCUGUGGAAAACCAACAGAAAAGAACAAGAAACCGAACAGAAGAAGAAGGCGCCCAGUGGAGAGAGAUAUCAACACCAGAUCGCUUAAAAUAUCGAACCGAACCAAAACGCUAAUCCGAACCAGACGCGAUGCACUGCAGCCAAACGCGUAACGAAAACACGACGACCAAUCUUUGCUAAGGUCCAAAGAAAAUCGCAAACAAAAAUUAACAUUAAAAAAACAACAACAAAAUUAAAAACUUCAAAAAUCGAAAUUGAAAACUAAGAAAAAGUAGAUUAUUAUUUUUCUUUUGGAGGAUUAAUAAAUAAACCAAACGCAAUGGCCAUGUUGGAGGCAAGGUCUUAUAGGCCAUUCAAGUCCAGCGAGGAGUAUCUGGAGGCCAUGAAGGAGGAUCUGGCAGAAUGGCUUAGCACACUGUAUCCCGAACUGAGCAUCAAUGCUGAGAAUUUCAUGGAUCGUUUGGACACAGGCGUGGCAUUGUGCAAGCACGCGAAUUAUGUGAGGCAGGCGGCAGAGGAUUAUCUGGCACGGCGACAGGCCCGCAACAAAUCGAUGACCCGCUCGAUGACCUCGGGUCUGGCUGGGCCAAUUCUAGCCCUGGGCAAUGUCCAUUAUCUUCCGGCCGCCAAGAGUGGCACCUUCUUUUCCCGCGAUAAUGUGUCGAACUUUAUAACCUGGUGCAGAAAAAGCCUUAAGAUCAUCGAGUGCCUGCUUUUCGAAACGGACGAUCUGAUCAUGCGCAAAAACGAAAAGCAUGUGAUCCUGUGCCUCUUGGAGGUGGCACGCCGUGGUGCCAAGUUUGGAAUGCUGGCUCCCAUGCUGGUGCAAAUGGAACGACAAAUCGAUCGAGAGAUCGCCGCCGACAUCAAGGCCAAUGGUGUCGGUUCAUCGGAAAACGGUACCCAAACGGAGGCCAUAAAUUCCGGAAAUAGUACGGCCACAACGACGACAAUAACGACCACUACGGUGGAAACGGAUCUGUAUGAUGACAGUGAUGAUUCGGAGACCGAAGAUGAUGGCGAUGAGAGUCCCGUGCUGAUGUACGGCCCUCAGCCUCAGAUAAUCACCAACGAUCUGAAGAGUCUCGACGAGAUGGUCAGGGAUCUGGUUGAAAAGUGCACAUGCCCCUCACAGUUUCCCAUGGUCAGAGUAUCCGAGGGCAAAUAUCGCAUCGGCGACACUAAAGUUCUAAUCUUUGUGCGGAUUCUACGUUCUCACGUGAUGGUGCGCGUCGGUGGCGGUUGGGACACAUUAUCCCAUUAUCUGGACAAGCACGAUCCUUGCCGUUGCCGCGCCCAACAUCGCAGUUCUGUGGCAGCCCGCCUUGUUCCCCGCCAGUCACCGAAUCACAACCCCAGCAAUGGCAUCGAGCUCCACAAGGCACAGGUGAUAUUCGAGAGGUCACCACCAGCAGCUCGUCGAGUUUUCAACAGUCCUAAUUGCAAUGGCGGAUCAGGAGCAUCGGCAGGAACAGGCUUAGCCAGCGGAACAGGAUUAUCAACAGGAGCAGGAACAGGAGCUGUGGGCUUAGCCCCAACUCCGCCGCUUCAGAACGGCCACAGUCUGUCGCCGAAUUCAGGAAAAUACCGCAGUCGCAGCCCAACGCCGCAGCGCAAGUUUCUCAACCAACAGACGAACGGAGGAAGCAGUGCAUCCGCAACGGGAUCCAGCCAGACAGUCACCACAGAAUCCCCCAACAGCCAGCUACUGGGAUCGCCCAGCUUGGCCAGGCGUUCCAUGUCGCCAAGUCCUCGUCGUUUAAUCGACAUGCGUAAGAAACAGAACUCCUUGGAUUCGUAUAGUAGUGGUCCGAAAUCGCUGCCCGGCUAUAGUUGCUCCUUGGAGGAGGCAAACGGAGGUUCUACUGUCGGAUCGGCAGCAGGUGGAGUGAGUACAGUAUCGGGCACUGCAGCGGAACAGGGUGGCGCCAACAAAUUCGAGAAUAUCAGUGAUAAUGGAAGUGAAAUCAGCGACGAAGGCUACCGCAGCCUGGGCGUCAUCCAAUCGGGUGCCCAAAAACGUGAGUCCCUACACAGUCAGGCCUCCAUUGAGGACGCUGAAAGCAAUGCGCGUCUGGAUCAGACCUCAAGUGACUCGCAGAUCUCGCCCUCCGAUGAGCCGGCGGAAAAGACAGCCGUGGAUAUUUUGGAAGUGGAAGAUCUAAAUGGCCAGGAUCGUGAAGAGGAGCACGAGGACUAUUCCGUGUGCGAUGGUCCACAAUCCUUGCCAGCGAUUCUCUCCGGAGCCCAAAAACUAAACGACAAAUUCGAGCAAUCCGGAGUCUUUAUAACCGACGAUGAGAUCACUGUGGACAUGGCCAAAACCGAGGAUCAAUCCGCGACUCGUGCCACGGGUGUUCCAACAACCAAUUUAAGCAAGAUUCCGCGAUCCCCGCUGGCGCAACGACGCCGCCGUAGUAGUAUCGAUAAUAGUACAUGCAGUGGAGCCGGUGGAAGUCUACAGGAUUUGAGCAGCCGAUCGGGAUUACCGGCUCCGGCUUUCAGCCGUAAGCAGCCUGUUUAUCGAUCCGUGCGAACGCGUAAUUCUACUGGAACUACAGCUGCUCCAGUGGCACCACCUCGAUCCCGUCAAGCCACCCAAUUGCCCAUGGUGCGUGAUGUCACGAAUACGUGGAGUGGACGAGCUACGGGGGCACCCAAAAGGAGACCUCAAUGCACCGCCGAUACCUUUGUGGCUCCCUCAAAUGGAACAGCAGCGGGAGGAGCAGGAUUCUUUGAACGAAAUGGCAAGGGCCGCUCCUCGCAAAUCCUUUACGACAGCAAUGGCCGACGGGUGAGAAGUGGAGCACCGGGAUGUACCAGUUCGCUGACCACGUCCCCUGUUAAGAACCAUGCCUCCUCACCGCUGGCGCAACAACUCCUGGAGGCGGCAAGCAGCGCCAAGAACGAUGCCCAGAUUCUAGAGAAGAUGAAGUCCCUGCUCUCACGCUAUGCGGCUGGUAACCAAGCGAAAGCAGGAGCAGUACCUGGGGCAGCAGCAAAUAAGAAUAAUAGUAAUGGCAAGAAGACACCGGUCUAUGAAGACUUUACCACGGCCUGGGUGCACAGCAACGGUAAUCUUGAGCGUUCGGAGAGCUGUUCUCCACCGGCUAAGGCUCGAUCUAAAAGGAGUUCCGCUGCAAGUUCCUGUGAGAGCAACAACUCAAAUGCAGGAGGAGCAGGAGCAGCAGGAUCAUCGAGUGUGGUAUCACCUAGACGGGAGAGAGGCAUGUCCAAGAUCCCGGCGCCAGUUCGCCAUCACACAGAGCUUUACUAGCAGCGCCGGAGGACGCCAAGCGUCCAGGUCCGUUUCCAAGCCAAGUCGAGGGUUUUCUGAAAAGCCUCCAAGCGAGCAGAGGAGCAAGCAGAUGUGAAGUGAAGAUGUCAAAUGACUUGGGAAUUUUGGGGGUAUAAGAUAGGGAUAAGAUAGGGUUAAAGCCAAGCUGGAAUUGUCUGCUGCUGCUACGUCGUGUGUGUGUGCGUGGAGAUCAGAGUAAGGAUAGAGUAUCUAAAGAUUUGAGCCCAAAAGAUAAGGUUUUUUUAAUGAGGCCAUAGAAAGUUGAAGAAAGAACCCCAAGAAAACCUUCUGGUAUAUAUAUAUUUCGCCAGGAGUGAGCCAUAGCUAUAGGAUAAACCCAAAUCGGAAUCAGGAUCGAAAAAAUGUCGAGUGAAGAAAGCAAAACUGAAACUGCCUCAAGGACAGACAGGUCAGAAUCCCUAGCAGCCAGAGACCCCUAAGCAUAUCUCCCUUAUCAACAGCUCUAAGUCUGAGCAUUUUAUCUCUCUUUAACUAUAAACUAUAUUGUGUCCCCCGCUGUAAUCGUCGUUAUAUAAUCUCUCUACGUUAUCAACUCUCUCUUUCCGUAUAACCACUAAAAUAUAAACAAGCUUCAAUUCCCUAAAGCUUUAUAUUUCCAAAUAAGUCAGUUAUUAUUUUUGCAACUUCAUAAAAUACCAAAUAUAUAAGCAUUUGAUUUGUAUUUAAAGCUACGAUUUUUUUGGGAUAGCCCAAGUUUUAGCUUUGAUCUGCGCUGAUCUAGGGUAAUGAUUAUAUUAUACCAUAUAUGCAAUCCAAUUUUGAGACUCGAGUAAAAAAUUUUAAAUCAAUUUUUUGUCUAGACCUAGAACAGGAAUUUUAAAUCUACACAAAAGCCACAAGCAAACCAAUAUCGGUUAUAUAUAUAUAUACAUAUAUAUCUAUUUAAAAUCAUACACACAAAAUCGCAAAUACAUAAAGGACGCAAUAAAUAGUUUUCUAGAAAUUUUUAAAACGUAAAGCCAACAAAAUUCUUAAGAUUCGAUUUGUAGCGAAGCAGAAUUAAAUUAUUUUUGUACGCUUGAGAUCAGGAUGAGAAGGAGAGAUCGUGGGAUCUGGAAAGAUGAAUAGCUUUUAGACAACUCGACUUUUACAGUAUAUAUAUAUACAAUAAAGAGUGGAUUCGGUUAGGGAUAUAGCAAGCAAGCAUAGCUAGGAAAUGAAGCGACCGCCCUACCCCGCAAACACCUCCGAUAAGUGGGUGCUCCUUAGUCCUUCGGGAACUCAAAAAUCACGCUCUUCAAAACCCACAAAACCUGCGCCACCAAAUACACACACACACACACAGACACACAUCACGCCAUGAAUACAGUGCGUUUCGAGAUUGUAAGGCAGUUAUAAAAAAAAGUUUAGUUUGAAUUUAAUGAUGAAUUACCGUUUAAUCACAUGAUAAAUUAAUACAAAAUCAAAAAAAGACUAUCGAAUUAAUAACCUAUAACGAAAGCGAUGAUAUAACAGCUAUAAAACGCACUGUAUUUGCUAGCUACCUUAUGACACCUAUAAACAUAAAAACUAUAUAAAACACAAAACAAGAAAAACGGUCACAAAAAAAAGGAAAAUAACUGAGAAACUAUAGCUUUUGAUGGGACAGAAGGAUAUCGUUAUAUAAAGUUAAUAAACGAACGAACCAUAGCAUAAUUUUCAGAAUCCUUAAACUUUCUACAACUAUGAAAAAUAUAAAUUUUAUAAUUUUUUUUUUUUUUUCGUUAGCUUUAGCAAUGUUAACAUAUAGUUUAGUACAUCGUACCUAUGGAUCAUAUAACUAUAUAGAUUGUAAAUUGUGUUUGUCUAAUUGCUCUCCAAUGUUGUAUAGUUCUUAUGUACUCGUAAAAUCGGCCUUAAUGUUCAGUCUGUCGAUACCUUAUAUCAAUUUUAUAUUAUAUAAUUAUUUUAUUUUUUCAUUUUGUAUAAUUUCUAUUUGAAUUUAAGUUGCGAUUUUCAGCUUUUUAUUGUACACCAAAUGGAUACCAAUUUAUGUAUAGAAUCGAAGUGGCGAAUAAGAUCGCAACCAAAAUAAUUAAUGAUUAAUUGUUUAACAAUUAAAUUGUUCCAAUACACACACACACACACACACACACAUAGACAAAAGAAACAUCCACACAUACACACCUGACCCGUGGUGUAAUUAUAAUUAUAGAGAAUUAAGCAAUUUUCCCCGAUUUUCAUGCCAAAAGGCUGAUAAAAAAUCAAACGAAAAAGAGGAGCAUACAGACAUUGCACCACGGGUUCUCGAGCGCUGGCCAUGAUGAGCAUCGCCAUCGAGUCGCAUCGCAUAUAAUAUAUAUAUAUAAAUAUAUGUAUUUGGAUAUAUAUCGCAGAACAUAUAAAGUGUAUUUUAAAUACAGCUAAAAGUGUAAUUAUCAA